AUGGAAGUCGAACGUUUCGCUUCCGAUUCGGAAAACGUGGCGGUCGACGAAAAUGAGAAGCCGGUCGCUGACGAAGGCGCCGGAGACGCCGCUACUUCCCAUUCGGAGCGUUUGCGGCGUAAAAAUAAGAAAUAUUGGCGUUCUAAUAGUAAGGAAGCGGCGGCUGCAAGCGGCGCGAACAACACUGUAACCCCGUUACCAAAAUAUCGCAGCUGGAAGAACAGUCGCAGGCCCCGCAAUGGGCACGGUAGAGGAUUACCGAAGAAAGGCGGUGCUGGUGGCAAGGGCGUGUGGGGCGCACCAGGGUCUGAACUUCUGGAAGAGUAUGUCGAGGACGCCAACGACCCCAACUAUGAUUCGGAAGCUAUCACAAACGGUGAUGUGGAAUUCAAGCAGAUCAUUAUGGAAGCUGAACCGGAUGAUGUUGUGCGCAAGUCCGAACCGGUGAUUUUGGAGUACUUCGAGCAUGGAGACACGGAUGCUGCUGCUCAGGAUUUCUUGGAAUUCGUGACGUCCUCCACCAGCUAUCUGGCUUGCGAAACCAUUGUUGAAAUUGCACUGGACCACAAACCCUCCCACUGCGAGAUGGCUUCGGUCCUCAUCUCUGACCUCUACGGCAGAGUUUUCUCAGGCAAAGAUAUUGGAAUUGCGUUCGACAACCUGCUCGAGAAGCUGCCGGACCUGGUGCUGGACACUCCUGACGCGGCGGUUCUCCUGUCGAACUUCAUCGCGCGGUGCGUGGCCGACGACUGCCUCCCGCCUCGCUUCGUACUCAACAAUAAAGAGAAGACGGACGCUAAUUCACAUGCCAAACAGGCGAUACACAGGGCGGAAACGUUGCUGUCCAUGAAACAGGGUCUGGCGCGGCUGGACAACAUUUGGGGAGUCGGAGGUGGUAUCAGGCCGGUGAAGUCGCUGAUUCGACAGAUCCAAUUACUUCUAAAGGAGUACCUGACUUCUAGUGACUUAAUAGAGGCUAUGAGGUGUGUGAGGGAACUCGAAGUGCCUCACUUCCACCACGAACUUGUUUAUGAGACUGUUCUGCUGGCAUUGGAAUCAAUUAAUUCAGCUGUUGAAGAACAGCUGUGUACAUUCCUCGCGGAGCUGAGACGAAGUGUGAUAGUCACUCCGGACCAGAUGGACAGGGGUUUCCUCCGUGUGCUGGAGGACAUGAGCGACAUAGUGCUGGACGUGCCCCUGGCGUAUAUAAUGCUGGACCGGUUCAUGGAGAGGUGCCAGAACAAGUUCCGCCUCGGCGAUAACGUGCUUAAGCGUAUGCCUACCAGGUGCGUAUACAAUAGUAUUGGAGAUUUUGAGUGGGGGUAG